AUGGAUAUAAGAUAUUUAUAUGCGUCCAUUGACAUGUUAAAAAUAGCUAAUUGUUGUAUAAAUGAAGAUUACAUACCAAUUUUGUACGAUUCAUUAAUUCGUUUACAGAGUGAAAAUCAAUUCAUUGCUGUGUACUUAUGGGGUCGUUUAAAAACAUUGUCAGAUGAUUACUUUAUAGCGUAUGGCCAUUACUCAAAUUUAGUUGAUGAGAAAACUUUUUUCUACAGCCAAGAUAUCGUCGAAUGGAUUUUAAUGCCAACGGUUUGGCCAUCUUACGGAGAAGAAAUGGUAGAAACAAUGAAAGAUCAGUUUGAGGGGGAUCCCAAGCAUGUACAAACAAACAAACCUAUUAAUAAACAUUCAAGUCAAACAUUGUUAGAUCAACACGCUUCAUCGUCAAAAGUAUCUUUAGAAAUGUACGCUGAAGGAGCAUCUGGCAACGACGAACAAUCCAUUAAAGACGAACAAGUUCGGAAUAAAGAUGUACGUGUCAGCGAUGUCAUAUCCAUGGACGAAAUGGAUGAAGAAAUUUUUACCACCUUAAAUGCAGAAGACGAAUCAAGAAUUGAAAAAAUAUUAGUAGAGGAAGAUAGGUUAGCUAUAAUAAUAACCAUGAUAGACAACGAAGUUCAUAUAGUACCAAGAGGUUACUUGUACAAACUUUCCGAUGGAAGAGUAGUCAAAGCACCGUAUUUUAAGGGUUUAGAUUAUUCUGAAAUCUGUGAUCUAAGAAACUUCCUACAUCUCAAGUCUACUUUGUCUGUACCUAAAUCAACCAAUGAAAACAAUGACAAACCACGAUGUGAUUAUAACGCAGCAGUAGACUUUUUGGAACCCAUUGAUAAAGAUAUUCCAAUAGGUUGCUGGGCAGCACAAACAGUGUUCAAUAGAUAUUUUGUAUUAAAUAAUCUUUUAUGGCCAGGAGCUGUAUUUUUUCAAGAUAUGAAUACAAGUAUACAUGGAUUUUUUUAUAAUGGAAAUGGAAUAAAAAAUUUAGACUUACCAUUUAUGUUACCAUGUUAAAUCAU